GAGUACGGAGUAGUGGCCAUUGGUUGGGGAGAGUACGGAGUAGUGACCAUUGGUUGGGAUGAGUACGGAGUAGUGACCAUUGGUUGGGAUGAGUACGGAGUAGUGACCAUUGGUUGGGAUGAGUACGGAGUAGUGACCAUUGGUUGGGAUGAGUACGGAGUAGUGGCCAUUGGUUGGGAUGAGUACGGAGUAGUGGACCAUUGGUUGGGAUGAGUACGGAUGGCCAUGUGGUUGGGAUGAGUACGGAGUAGUGGCCAUUGGUUGGGAUGAGUACGGAGUAGUUGCCGUUGGUUGGGAUGAGUACGGAGUAGUGGCCAUUGGUUGGGAU